CUCCGUAAUUCUCAUUCCUGUUCUCUCUAGUAAGCUCUCUCUGUGGACAUUUUCACUCUCUCUCUCUCUCUCUCUCUCUCUCUCUUCUUCUAAUGGACGGAGGAGCUCAGUACAAUCCUCGCACUGUCGAAGAGGUUUUUAGGGAUUUCAAAGGUCGACGAGCCGGCAUGAUCAAAGCUCUCACCACAGAUGUUGAAGAGUUUUAUCAGCAGUGUGAUCCUGAGAAGGAAAACCUGUGCUUGUAUGGAUUUCCAAGUGAGCAAUGGGAGGUCAAUUUACCUGCUGAAGAAGUGCCUCCAGAACUCCCAGAGCCUGCAUUGGGUAUUAACUUUGCCCGAGAUGGGAUGCAGGAAAAGGAUUGGUUAUCCCUUGUUGCUGUCCACAGUGAUGCAUGGUUACUUUCUGUCGCCUUCUAUUUUGGUGCUAGAUUCGGAUUUGAUAAAGCUGACAGGAAGCGACUUUUCAAUAUGAUAAAUGAUCUUCCUACAAUAUUUGAAGUUGUUACUGGUGCUGCAAAGAAACAACAGAAGGAGAAAUCUUCAGUCUCAAAUCAUAGUAGCAACAAAUCCAAGUCAAACUCUAAAGUGCGGGGAUCCGAAUCUCAAACAAAGUUUUCAAAGCCACAGCCGAAAGAUGAAGAGGAGGGUUUGGAUGAGGAAGAUGAAGAUGAGCAUGGAGAGACCUUGUGUGGGGCGUGUGGGGAGAACUAUGCAUCGGAUGAAUUCUGGAUCUGUUGUGACAUAUGUGAGAAGUGGUUCCAUGGCAAGUGUGUGAAGAUUACCCCGGCUAGGGCUGAGCAUAUUAAGCAGUACAAGUGCCCAUCCUGCAGCAACAAGAGAGCUCGUCCUUGAUAUAGCUGGGAACAUAUCAGGCAACUUGCUUUAGUGUGAAGUACAUGCAAAGAGUUGAUCUGUUGACAUUGACCAUGCCAUGGCGUGAUCCAAGGCUUUGUUUUCAGCUUGAUUUUUCAAUUAAAUUUUUAGCUUGCAGCCUUUGUUCUAUUGCAAGUUUUGAACAUCUAGGGUAAUGUUUUUUUUUGGGUGUGCGUGUGCACGCACGUCCCAUGUAAUAUGUGAAUUAGGCUCUUAAAUUGUUUUUAGCAUUAUUAUUGUUUAAUAGAUAGGAUCCUAGUAUGUUAUCCUCUU